UCCCCGAAGAACUGUAAACAAAGAGAUCCAGCAGAACAGGGUCACGGAACCGCAGCGCAUGCUGCCGUGAACAUCAGCUUAAAAGCAGGACACGUUGUUGGUCGAGCAUGCCCAGUAACACUCAACUCCUGGAGUCAGACGAUACCGAACCGGAUCUCCUGGUACCGGUACAGAACCUGAGUGGGUUGAUCCUCCUAGAUGAUGAGAAUCAACCAGAACCACGUGACUUUUCUCAUCUGGGUGCCCUGGGUGCGGUUUUGGACCUCCAACCUUUGACCCAAACUGGAUCAGAAGAUGAGACCAUCAACAACAACAACAUUAUCAGACAUGAUGGUGAUCUGGACCAGCUGAGGGCCCGGGCCCUGGCUCUAGAACUCAACGACAUGGAGGCCCCAGGGUCUGACGGGCUCUUCCAGGAGGGGUUGGGUGAGUCCCAGGGCCACCAGGAUCAGGGGAGGCUGAUGAUGAUGAUGAUGAUGAUGCAGGAGGGUGAGAGGUCUUCACUCAACACCAGGAGGAAGAGCGUCAACACUACAGAGUGUGUGAUGGUGCCCACAUCUGAACAUGUGGCGGAAAUAGUUGGCAGACAGGGUUGUAAGAUCAAGGCUUUGAGAGCGAAGACCAACACCUACAUUAAAACUCCCGUAAGAGGAGAGGAGCCAGUGUUCGUAGUGACCGGAAGGAAGGAGGAUGUCGUCAUGGCCAAAUGCGAGAUUCUAUCUGCAGCUGAACACUUCUCCCUUAUCCGGGCAUCACGGAACAAGCUGUCGCCAGGCCCGGUGCUCAGCAGUGUCCCUUCUGGCCAUCCGGGCCAGACCACCAUCCAGGUGCGAGUUCCGUAUCGAAUGGUGGGGCUUGUGGUCGGACCAAAAGGAACAACAAUUAAGAGGAUCCAGCAACAGACCCACACCUAUAUUGUCACGCCGAGCCGCGAUAAAGAACCGGUGUUUGAGGUGACCGGCAUGCCUGAGAACGUAGACCGAGCUCGGGAGGAAAUCGAGGCCUACAUUGCUCUACGUACCGCCGGGAGCGUGGAUACCAGCGUAGAUGAUGACGACUUCCACUACAAUGGCACUGAUGUCGGGUUUGAGUCGGGCAGCAAUGGAGCCUGGCUCUUCUCCAGCGGUGCAUCAAACUUCAAUGCUAACUACUGCAACUUCCGCAUCAACGGUGCAGGGUACCGCAACGACAGUUCCAGCUCCCUCGGAAGCAACUCCAGCGAAUCUUACUACAGUGGCAAAGGUAGUGGAAAGGCGGAUCUGAGCCCCAGCAGUCCGUACGGCAGUAAUGGUGGUGCCACCUUCUGGUUUGGCGAUACUCAGAUACCCCCUGGAUCCUAUGAAUCUGCAGGAUACGACGGGCUGUCAGUGUCAGCUCCAUCUUCCAAUCAGCAGCCGGUGUUGUGGAGCACCUUCGAGCGUGGAGGGGCCAGUUUGCCGACUACACCACGGCUUUCUCCUUCCCUACUCGCCCGAAUGUCUCCAUCUCUUCCUGAGGCUUUGGAUCAUCCGCUGGUUCGGUUGAUGCAGGAGAAUUCCCAGAGCCUCCCAGCCUUUGGUUCCGCAUUCUCCCCAUCUAGCGACAGUACAGGCUCCAGUUCCCCACCGAACAUGUGCACCUACUCCAAACACAGCCACGUUCCUGUGUGCGUACGUUGUGGCAGCGGAGACAACGUGGCAGCGGUUGUCCUGGGUGGGCAAAACCUUCUCUGUCCCAAUUGUUCCAGCGCCAUCUUGCAAAGCACGUAGAGUCCUUCCAAUCUGUUUGUCGCUCCAAACAUCUGAGCAACAUACAAGAGAGAAAAAAUGUCAACGUAUACCAGAGAAAGGUGUCAACUAAUGAUAAAUUGGGAUCACAAGAAGUAAACUCGUUUAUUUUUGACAUUGAUGCUUUUCCUUCUUCAAUUAUGUUUAUAAGAGUGGGAAAUGCAGGUUUAGAUCAAUAAUCAAAAGUUGAGUUCAUCUCAAAGAUUUCCCUUUUACGUUUAGCUGCUACAUAGUUCGUUUUUAUGGCAAGUAGCACUGGGGUUUAGUAGUGCUAGACUGCCAUCAUCUACAUAUUUUCUUUGUUUUCUCGUUUUCAAGGUAUCGUUUCUGUGUUUACAUUAUACAUGUGCCUGAUUCCAUGUCAAUGUUACAAUAGUGGAAUGGGCUGGCAGUGUUGCUGCAAAACUCUGUAAAAGGGUUGUGUUUAGAUGGUUAACCUCGUUCCCUGAAACUCUUGAGAUUUGUAUUUGCCACUACCAAGGUUAAGUGUACUGUUUUUGUGGGAUUCCAGGUAUACUCAAGUGUGUGGAUGUUGCAUGUAAGACCACGUCCACACCAAUAUGUUUUAGUUUGAAAAUGCAUUAAUUUCGCUACGUUUACACCAUUCAUUCGCACUAGGGCGGCAGUUUUGAAAACACUCCCCAUUACCACAUAAUUUGGAAAUGAUGUUGGGAAACUGAAAACAUGUUUCAAACUUAAACAAUGUGGACGUGGCCUAAAUAGAAGGGAGAAAAAAAAAAAUUACUUCGCAGAACGAGGGUUACCAUCUAAACACAACCCUGUACAAGCAUCUGUGGUUUCUGUUUUCCCCACACUAGAGCCGAGAAGCAUGAGGUCCAAUAAGAGGGAGAGAUGUCCUCCUUUCACCUCACGACCCUGAUGUCUGCACUCAAAGAAUCUCCAUAAUCAUUACAAAAUUUGGAGGUUGUAAAAUGGCUGCACAUCUCUGUAGCGAAGUAAUUGGUCCUCAUUCAUGAAAUGCAAACAGAACUGAUUUCAGGGCAAAUAGUUUGUAAAGUAAUUCUUAAGGACUGCAAAUUGGGCCUCAUUCCUGAAAGAGCAGAACAUAUUUCUGUGUAAAUUGCUCAAAUUCCAUUCUUGUCAAAUUGUUGCAUUUAAUUCAAUGCGAUAAUUUACGUAAGCACUGACUGAGUGAUUACAGUUGUUCAUAUUUAACGAAAAUUCGGUCACGACCUGAAUUUUUCGCGAGUGAAUUUGGUUGUGGAAUGUGGUUGUAACUUCUAUGAAUAACAGAACUUUGGGCUUCCUUUAUGAAACAUGAGGUGAACUAUUUCUGUUCAAAUGGUUCGUAAAACCAUUUUUACUUAAAUUGUUGCAAUGAAUUUGAUCCAACAUUUGACGUAAUCCAGAAUUUCGUUUUUCGUCAAUUUUAGGAAUUUACAUACUGGUUUUAUGAACGAUUUACACAUACAUUCAUUCUGCUCGUCUUUCACAAAUAAGGACUAAUGUCGCAUUCAAUUCAAUGUGACAAUUUACGUUAGAAUGAUUUCACGAAGGAUCGUUUCAUGAAUGAGGUGCUUAACGCGAUUUGCAUCAUGGUAUGUGUUCGUAACAAAUCUUCUCAUUGCCUUAACUGAACGGAUCCUGCCUAAACAGGCUGCUUAGGAACUGAGAGUUAUUUUUGUCUGAGAGAAUGAAAAGUUCAACGAUCAUUUCUUAAAGUGCAGUUUUUGACACGGCUACUGUCGCCUUUUUUCUUGAUCUUCGCCACUAAACUCAGAGAAACUUUUAAGGCAUCAGUGAUCCAUAACCUCUCAAGUUGUACUUUUUUUUUCUUUUUCUUUUUUUUACAAUUUUGUAGUAUUUCUGUAGUUUAUAUUUCAUUUCCAAAUAUAUAUAUAUAUAUAUAUAUAUCAAGAUUAUAUAUAAGACUAUUUGGCAACAGUUGGCUGCUGUUUGCAUAAGUAUUAGCUUGUAGAGUAUUGACGUCAGGUACUAUAGAGCAGGAAUAUGCACACCUGCAUGUUCUUAUUAUCUAACCAUUUCUAAUCUGAGACAAAAAAGCCAAGGAUCCAUACACACUAUAUAUAUAUAUAUAUAUAUAUAUAUAUAUAUAUAUAUAUAUAUAUAUAUAUAAUAUGCUGCAUUAGAUUUGCAUACUACCAUAUUAUGAACAAUAUAAAAGUCCUGUGUUAAACAUUACUAGGAAUUUUUGUUUAUCAAAGAGAUUUUUACUGUCACACUGCUACAUGUUUCUGUAUUUGAUCAUUUUACUGUUCUUUUAUUAUGUAUAUAUAUGCAGGGACAUUAAGGCAUAUAAGUUGUAUUCUUAAAGUUUAAAAUAUAUUUUAUGAUAAAUGGCCUUACUGUCCUGUGGCCAAAGCACUGAUAUUAUAUAUUUGCUGUAAAAACAAAAAAGAAUUAAGAUUUUUAUUUUUCUGAUAUUGAAGUUCCUUAAUAAAUUGUUUCAUUUAAAUUGUAA